UCAUCCUCUCGUUUACCAAUAUUUGUUGGUCUUUGACUCCUUCUUUAGCUUAUAGCAUUUAUAUCCAUAAACUUGACGUGUAUUCUCUCUAGCUAGCUCGCACUUUAUAUUUGUCAACUUCAAAUAAACCUCUGCAGACCAGUACGGCUAGCUCCUUCGUUUUCUCAGCCAUAUCAAAAACUGAGAGACCCAAGUUGAUUGGCCGCUUCAAAAAUCAAAACCCGACCAGCCACUCCCUAUCAUUUCGCUUCUAACAUGAAGACGACUCGGCACAGCUUCGUUCUGGUUCUACUUCUGGUUAUGUCUCUUGCUGUGUUUUCUUGUGUCGUCAUAGCUUGCUCGGAUGGACAGUGCAAGCUCUUAGAUCAGUGCUCGAUGGACGGAGAUUGUGAGGCGGGGCUUUACUGUUUCGGUUGCCCUUUGGAGUUUUCAGGCUCCAGAUGUGUGAGAUCAACCACCACAAACCAAUUCCAGCUUUUGAAUAGUUCUCUACCAUUCAACAAAUAUGCAUUUUUGACAACCCACAAUGCUUUUGCCAUCGAAGGAGAGCCAUCUCAUACCGGAGUCCCUCGUGUUACCUUCACGAAUCAAGAAGACACUGUCACUCAACAACUUAACAAUGGAGUUAGAGCCCUAAUGCUUGAUACCUAUGAUUUUAAAGGAGAUGUCUGGUUGUGCCAUUCCUUCAAAGGACAAUGCCAUGACUACACUGCAUUUGAGCCAGCUAUAGAUACAUUAAACGAAAUCCAAGCAUUUUUAUCAGCAAAUCCAGGAGAAAUCGUGACAUUGAUAUUAGAGGACUAUGUUGAAGCUCCAAACGGACUGACAAAUGUUUUCAAAUCUGCCGGAUUGAUGAAAUACUGGUUUCCGGUAUCAAACAUGCCCAAAAGUGGUCAGGAUUGGCCGCUGGUUAGCGAUAUGGUUGCCAAGAACCAAAGGCUACUUGUAUUCACUUCAAAACAAGAGAAGGAACAAUCUGAAGGGAUUGCAUACCAGUGGAACUACAUGGUUGAAAACCAGUAUGGAGAUGAUGGAAUGAAAGCGGGAAGCUGUUCAAACAGAGGUGAAUCGUCGCCUCUAAAUGACAAGACUAAAUCAUUGUUAUUGGUUAACUAUUUUGGGUCAGUUCCCAUUAAGCAGCUUUCAUGUCAAUUCAAUUCUGAGGAUUUGGUUAGCAUGCUUAACACUUGCUAUGGUGCUGCUGGAAACCGGUGGGCGAAUUUUGUUGCGGUUGAUUUUUACAAGAGGAGUGGAGGGGGGGGAUCGUUUCAAGCUACAGACACUCUCAAUGGAGAACUCAUAUGUGGAUGUAACGAUGUCCAUGCAUGUGCGCCAGGAUCAACAACACCCUGCAAGGUAUAGAAGGGAGCAUUAUUGUAAUUUAUCAAUAAGCUUAUCUUGAGAUAUGUAGUCUUUAUAGACAAUCAAAUCAGAUAUCUCGAAAAUAGUUAUCAGGCUUUUACAAAAUCAAAUUGAGCUAGUUCCUUAAACCAAACACUGGCGCUUAUUGAUGGUGGGCAAAAAUAUGAUCGAAUCGAAGGUGGUUGCACUGCAUAAACAUGGGUAUAAAAUUAAAAAAAAAAAUUCCGUUGCCGGGACUUGAACCCGGGUCUUUCGGGUGAGAGCCGAAUAUCCUGACCAACUAGACUACAACGGAUUUCUGGCAUCUAAUAAAAUAGGUCAUCUAUAACACAUAGCGUGUAUGAGGGCCGGGCUCAAUUAUGUUUAGCAGGCUUGGAAGAUGCGUGGCCCACUGGUUUAGAGUUCCUAGGUGAAGAUCAAUCAGAAUGACAGCUCCAAGGUUUAGGAAGGAUCCAGAUCAAAAAAAAAAAAAGGUUUAGGUCCUUUAGAAGGAUACCUAUGUACCUAUGUUAUUCCAAAACGAACAAACUUUGAAGAUCCCGUAAAUAAAGAAAGAAAUGUCUGUUGGCGGGAAAACAUCCAGAAUAUUGAGAAAAAUAUUUAAUGUGGAAACAAAUACUCUAAAACAAAAACACCAGGUAUAUAUCUUGGUUUUGUUGCUUCAAAUGAUGAACAAAUUUUGUUUUCUUAAUGGAUAGAAUUUAGAAAAUGAUGAGCCUUCUACUACUAUAUGUGGUGGGUUUUGUGGAAUGCAGUUUGCAAAGCAUUAAGGUAUUUUGGG